GACAUAGAAAGUGCAGCUUGUUUUUCGGUGUGGCCUGCCAUGAUCACAGACGCUGAUGUUUGGCUUGCGCGGCAUUUGCAGCCCGAAGUCCCUCGACUCUGCCUGGGUGCUGGAGCUCUGGUGCUCUCCAGCUUUGUGAAUUUUCGCACCGGAGCACAGCUGAAAACCGCCAUCGAGGAAGGAGGCAAGUCAUCUGCGGUUCGAAGUUUGAUGCUCUUCGGUUUGGGUGCCGCCGCAGGUUGUGUACGCACCAUCAUUUUCGACAGCGCCUCGGAGCGCUUGCGUGCAUCCAUGUCCGUCCAGGUUUUUGCCGCAAAGCUUCUGGAAGAACCCAGCCAAUCACCCGAGGAACGAGGAUCAGUGGCUGCCAUGGACAGUGAUGUGGCACUCUGUGCUGAUUUCAUUCUCAAGAUCCAGAAUGUGGCCAGAUUCACGUCAUCAAUCGUUGGUGGCACCGUGGCCAUGUUCCGCGCCUCCUGGAAAUUGAGUGCUGCCGUUUGGCCUUUGUUGGUCCUUGGAGCCCUGCACGGUGCCAGGGCUGGCGCCAAGCGAUCCAUGAAGUCAGCGCAAAGCUUGGCCCAAGCCCGAGAAGACGCAUUGUCCUUUGCAGAGGAGCGCUUGCAACACUCAGAUCUUGUCCGAUGGUUUUGCCGGGCAGAGGAAGAAGCCAAAGCGUUUCACGUAAAAUGCGAGAAAUCUGUGGCCGUAGCGACGAGCUCUGCGCGGAAACGGGGGGUUGCACACUUCGUCCUCGAUUGGGCAUCCAAAGGAGUACUCCUGGGCCUAUCAUCCCUGGGCAGUCAGCUGGUGGCCCGGGGUGAGCUCACUGCUGGUCAGCUCACAUCCUACUUUUUCCACGCCACCUUUCUUGGACUGGGGCUCUAUGGCUUAGUGGGAUUAGUGCCCGAGAUCGUGGCGGCACGAGCUGCAGCCAUGCGCCUGAGCAACAGCACCAAAGCUGCAAAGGCCAAGGCGAAUACCGCAGAGACUUCGACGUUGCUGCAGGGGGAAAGAGCUUUACCCAUCAACUUCAAGAACGUACACUUCAGGUAUUCCGACCAGGAAGUGCUGCAAGGUUUUUCACUUCAGCUUGCAGCUGGUGAGACUUGUGCCUUAGUGGGUGCUUCCGGCUGUGGCAAGACCACGGCGUUGCGUCUUCUCCUGGGUGACUUCCACAUCUCCUCGGGCGAGGUUUGCAUCGGAGGGAGCAACGUCGGGACGCUGUCCCUGAAGGAACUUCGGCACAUGGUCUCGGUCGCUCCCCAGGCCGCCGCCUUACUGGGAAGCUCCGUGACGGAGGCCAUCAAGUUUGGAGCUAAGAGCAAUCCUGUCUCUGCUGAGAGCGUUGAGGAUGCAGCGAAAGCUGCUUCAGCUCAUAGCUUCGUGAAGUCGAGGCCACAGGGUUACGAUGCUCCCGUCGGCCGCGGCGGUGAGUUGUUGUCUGGGGGUGAGAGACAACGUGUAGCAUUGGCACGUGCGCUGAUUCGCGAUGCUCCUGUGCUGCUCUUGGACGAACCAACGUCGGGGUUGGAUGCAAACACUGCGGCCAGCCUGGCAGAGGCGGUUUUGGGCCGAACAUCUCGACCGACGACUUUGAUUGCCACACACAGCUUGGCAUUAAUCAGGAGCUGCGACACUGUGGCAGUGGUCUCUAAAGGUCAAGUUGUACAGCGGGGCCGCUUCGCUGAUUUGAUCAGCGAUGCUUCGGGACAGCUGGCGCAAAUUGCCAGGUCUGGAGAGCUCCAAGAAGCAUAGCACAGCACGUGUUGCUGCCAUCCAUUUUCACCACGGCCCCCAUUCGUGUGGGAGGUGCCGCCGUGCAUGGAAAAAAUUGCCAAA